CGUAUUUCGCGCAUUAAGACUGCUGCUGCAUUUCAUAAAAUAUUCGCGAAUGUUUAUGUAAAAUGCUAGACGAGGAACUCGAUAUUUAUGAUGAUUUGGAUCAAUUCCAAGAAGCUGAAACGAAAAAAUGCAAAGAAUUGGAAGCCUGGGAGGCGAAAUACAACGCCGCAAGGCUGGAAAUUGAAAGUUUACAAGCGGAGAAAAAAACACUUGCCAAGAAAAUCAGGACAAUGGAGGUAAAUUUUCAAAAUCUUUUGGACACGGCCAAAGCGGAAAUCAAGCGAAAGGACGCACAAAUAAUUCAGCUGCGCAAGGAGAAAGAUGAUAUUUGCUUUAGGCGCAAGCAGCCGCCCAAGUCUCAGAUACCGCCUUCGUCUCAGAUACCCGAGCUACAGCAACACCAGCAGUCAAAGCGCUUUAAAAGCGAUGAAAUGGCAGACAGAAAAACUGAAAACGCAAUCGCAUUCAACAACCAAAACGAGAACUGCGAUAAAAAGGCAAAGAAACAUGAUAAUCCAGAGGCGAAGCGACACCAAGUAGCUCAACCUAUUGUCCGGGAUGGGAAGGAGAGAUAUAAGCAAGAGAGGCAAGAAAAACAAGACAUGCCUUUAUGCUCAAAUCCCACAACAAAGGUUCCGUGGUCAGUGCACAUAAGGAGCACACAUGACAGAGAUCGUGAAAAGCAGCAAGAAAGACGUCGAGAUCGAGAUCACGCACGAGGCAGGAGUCGACGUCGCAGUCGCAGCCGCAGUCGUAGUCGUAGUCACAGUCGAGAGCAUGCUAAAAGCCGUAGUCAGAGACAGAGUUCUCGAAGCAAGGAUCAAAGAAGAAAACGAUCACGAUCACGAUCACAAUAUCGUUCACGUUCGGGCUCGCGUUCGUUUAACCAGACAAGCAGCAAGAACAGUAAACGUAACAGCUCCCGAGAAACCGAGAAAGGACCCAAUGCUAAGUGCACAGCCCAAAGUAAGCGUAACAAGGAAGAUAUGAUGGAUACACUCUUUGGCAGCACGCCCACACAAAAGAGUCCGUCAAAGGAUGGCAAGCGCUGCGUAGACAGCCAAAAAGUGAUGGAAAAUCUAUUAGCCAAUGUGGAUCCUUAUACACCAAUAGAGCAAUACACCCCACAAAGCCAAAUUGAAGCCAAGGAAGAGCAACAAACUCAUGAGCUAAUUGGAAAAGAAAGGCAACUGUUAGCGGAAGACAUUAAUAACUAUUUCGAGAGGAAUGUUGAGAAGAUAAAGCAAAUAUCCCAAAAAGAUAUAAUAAUAAACAAACAGGUGCCAAGACAACAUACCCUAGUAAAUGUAGAGCAGUCUAAACUGGAAACCUCUGCAGAAUCUAAAAUGAGCACGGUGGAAUUAGUAAAUGAAACAGACAACGAAUCAAAUAAAAAUGCGAGAGAACAUGCCGAAAAUGAAGCGAAAAUCAAAACAUCCCGACAAAAUGAAUCGAUAGCCGAAAUCAAGGUUGUAAUAGAAAAGCCAAAUAGUGAAAAAGGGCUGGAUGAUAUAAUAGUGAAUGAUGCAUUUAACCAUCAGCGCAUACCAGGCUUGGAUUUCAUAGCCAGAGAGCAGGAACGAGAAUCCGAUGCAAAUAAUGCCAUUGACAUCAGAACCGGAGAGCAGAAAAGAGUAUUCGAUACUGAUAAUGCCGUGGGCAACGAUCACAUUCCCGACUUGGACUUAAUUAAUGGCAAGAAAAACUUGAAUGAAAUGGAUAAAGCACAAGCAAGUAAACUUAUUAGUUUGAAUUCGAAGGAGGCUGAAAUGAUGGAAGUAAUUGAUGCAAAUGAACACAAUCACGCUUCCGGCUCGGGCUUAGGCGAUCAGGCAAACUUAACAGACGCGAAUGACGCACAGGACUUAAAUUCUGAAGAGGUUGCAGUGAAAAAUAUGUAUACGAAACCUCAUGGAAUUUCAGUUGAAGAUGGAAGUUCGAUAGCAGAGGCUGCGAAUGCCCAACCCUUCAUACCGGACUUAAAUUCCCCAAAAAUCGAAAGAGUAAAAAAGAAGAAGAAAAAACAUGGAAAAACAAAGUUAGAAAGUGGACUUGAAAGGAAGUUAGCAGAAGAGGUGGAUACUGUAAAUAGAGCAGAACCAGUUGCCAAUCUAGUCUCACACUCUGAUUUGAAAAUUGAACAGGACCUGGAUGGAGUAAAGGGAGGUUCAAAACUAGAGGAUGAAGAAAAGCGUAAAAGCACAUCCGAUAGGGACGCUUCAGGGGAAACAGAUUUCUCAAAAGACGAAGAAAUGCCGGAUCUGAUAUUAGGUGUUGACGAGCUGACAAAUGAAGCAACAGACAAUAAAAUAACUGCAGAGAACGAUGAUAAUCAGAAAAUUGGAAAUAGUUUUAUAGCUAAACUCGAUGUGGAGUCAGAGGAAGCCGAUAAACAAUAUUGUGUAACUGCCGAGCAAUUGAAAAGCGAUGCAAAUGAAUCCUUUGUGACAGAUAAAACUGAAGCUAUUAAAACAAACACAACAAAUUGUGACAAAGACAACAAUUGUGAACAAGCAAUAGAUAUCUGUCAUCCGGAGAGACGACAAAAUAUGGAGACUACAGUAAACGGGUCCACUAUGAGCCAGGAGCCAAAUCCUUGUCAAUUGGCUUACGCGCGGCUGGCCGAGGAGAAUUUAAAGACGCCCAAGCGGCCUGGGCGCAGCAUGGAGAGCAUCCAAAUCAUUGAGGACAUUCGCCUGCCCAUCAAGAUGGACAUUGAGAACAUUGCCGACAAAGUGGAUGGCUCGAACGAGAAGCAGACCCAUACAGAAGACCUAAACUCAAAUAUGAGAGAAGCAGCGCCGACAACGUCUGAAUCGGAAAAAUCGCAGCUGGAGAUUAUGGCUGUCAAUCAGAAUGAUAGCAAGUCGGCAACUGUUGUUACUGUCAACAGGCCAAUUACACCGAAGCUAGCAGUUGAGGCGGCCACUGUCAUGUACGCCCAGCCGGACUCUACAAAGAUAGACCACAGUGAAGACGAUGCUACACUCGAAGCGGCAAUGAAUGAGCUAAUACCGGUUAAGCCGCAGGAAAGCUAUCCGAAUUUGAGCCUAGAAGCGGACACCAUCGAGAUAGCACUGAAGCAGCUGCAUCAGGCGCCGUGUCAAAGCGAGGACCAACCGGACGAAACGGCUGUCACGUCCACCUCGAUGAAGGGUGGACAAACACCCAAGCAGGAUCUCAUUCAAAUCCUUAUGCAAUCUCCAAUGCAACAGACGGCGGAGCACAGCCCGAUAAAACCAAAUAAAGGAAUAAAACAAAUUGUAGAACGAACGAUCAGAAAACGGAAAUCGCCAAGUAGCGAAAAUGUAGAAAGUCUCACACCAGAUCGACGUGAGCACACGCCGCUGAAGAAACGCACCACAGAUCUACGCAACGAGCACAUAAUUAAUAGUGACGAUCCUUCUAUACCGCCAACACCACCAGAGGUAGCAACGACAGCGAAGCCCUCGGAGCUGAAUGUGACCAUCGAUGAAACCUGCUAUGCCAGCAGCUUGGACCAGAGUCAGAGCCUCAACAGCAGCGACUCACUCCUGGUGACCAAACGCUGCUCGUUAGGCAAUAGCGACUAUCAGUUCGAGCGGCUCAACGAUGAGGUAGUACUCCGUGUGACACGACGUCGACGCCGCCGUCCAGCAGCAGAAAUAGCUAUAAUCGACGAUAAAUAAGUCCUACAUAUACACAUAUUGAACUGUUCACAUCAGUAAGAUAUCUGGCUAUAUACUUACUUAAGCUAUGGAUAAAAAUACAUAAAUGCCUACGUAAAUACAGGAGAAACGUAGCGUAAUAAUUU